AUGUGCGUUCACUUCUUGGAGCUCCGGCAGGUGCCUACAGAAGAGGCAGGCCAUCUUCGUGCUAUUCGACAACGGAAAGAAGUAGAGAUUAGCUCUCUCUACGGUCUGACCUGCAUUUCGCCAAUCUACAACAACCUCUUCGCAUCACAGGUUCGUGCCGAAGAGAUCGAGCACACACCCCGGGAGUAUCGGGCGAUGCAAUUGCUCGUUAACAUGUCCGUCUAUGUCGGCGACUGGCAUGAUGGGUUCAAUUCCCUGGUCCGCUCGCUCUUGAUCCACAUCUCCUGGAAAUGGGCGAUCGCCCUCGACCAUCAGCUACAGGACGCUGGAGCGAAGCACCCCCACGAGAGCAGCAUCACGUCCCUGAAAGCAAAACAAUGCGCGUGCUACAUGUACGGCGUGCUAUGCUUUGGCGGGAGCGCUCCGCUCUCCGCAGCCGACACGGCCAAUCUAUGCGAGCUACCUGUCCCAGCGCACAACCGCCGCGUGUUCACGGAGGAAUGCGCGCUAGAGGAGGAAAGCUCGUCGCUGUGGAUUCGGUGUCUCGAUGUGGUCGCUGGGCGGGUUCGUGAGAUCGUGCAACAGGCUCGCAUCGACCCAGCCUUCAUCACGGCCGCCAUCCGACCCGUUCUUGAUGAAACUCCGAAGCAACUUUCAUGGGUGCCGGUGGCCGAGGCGGUAGCCUGUUUCGAGGCCGUACAUGAAGGCCACCUCUUCAGCGUCAACCUACUGGCCGGUGUGGUUCUGUACGACGGUGUUCCUCCCAGCUUGCUGCCACUUCACAUCGUGGACGAUGGCUACUAUCGGCGGCUGUUCGGCGCGGCCAACUUUGAGGUCGCCAAGGCUUCAAACGGGGUAUUCAGAACCACGCGAGCAAUCAGCCGUCGCUUCUACGAGUUCUCACUUGCGGGUGGUGAUAUGGUCAUCGAGGAGAUCGACGAGUGCCGGGGAGAACGCCUGCAGCUCCUCCGGCAUGAUGGGGCUUGGAGGAAGGAGAUGCCUGUGCGGCUUCGAAGUAUGCACAGCCAAUGGCUUUGUCGGGAGCAACAGGCUGUGGUGAUUCGCUCGAAGAUCUUCAGGGAACGCGGCGUGGCCUACAUCACGCAGUUCAGCGACUCUGGCGGUUCUGUGUCGUGUUACUGUGUGCCUCCUCACCUUGGUGCCCGUGGGUGUAGGGAGCUGCUCAAGGGGAUGGAAGACAAUGAGCUCGGUUCUAGAGGGCGGCUGGUGCUCUUCCAGAAGGCCAGCAAGCUGAUGUCCAGUCUGGCCAAGUUCGAGCCUCGGGCGACUGGUCCCAAUUCUUUGAUCCACGCGUAUCUCCAACCGAGCGGAGGAUUGACGAUCGAGCUACCGCGAUUCGAACUCGAGUUUGAGGUUGACCCUCCUUCAGCCCGGCAGCAAGGAGAACAUGGGGGGAGCGGAAUCCGGUGCCUAAGCCACCGCGGUUACCAGCUGGCUCGUGCUCAACAGUUUGACGACACUCUCCCAGGUCUCACACGCUACCUUGUUCUCACCGGCCAAGAUGGAGAAACGAGGGUGCUCGUGCCACGUGGGGCGGUACGUGUGACCGAGGCUGCGCCCUCACGCGUGCAAGUCGAGUGCCCAGAGGAAGAUUGCGAGGCCGCCGAGCAGAAAGUCCUAAUCUACAGCGUGCACCGGCGACGGAGGCAGCCGGAUGCUGGUGACGUAUCCGCCCGCCUCCAGCUGGCGACAAUGUUCGCCGCGACCGGGACGUCGCUGUCUGACACCCGCGCUGGCAUGACCGGUGCUGAGAAAGCCUCGGAGCUCGUGCGCCUAUGCUUCGUCAACCACCCUCUACCGGAUGAUGACCAAGACCGACUGCUCAGAGUGUUGGAGUUAUCCGGAGAGAACCCGUCGCUGGCUCUUCUUUAUGGCGAUCUACUCGAGAGCAGCACAUGCCAAAGCUUCCUGCACAGCGUAGUACAUUCGUCGACAUUGCCUCGGGAAGCUUCUACCGCUUUGGAGCACGCAGAGAUUGUCUACGAGUGGGAAUCUGGGCAUCUUCCGUUCCCAAAGCUUCAGGCGUUGCUGUCCGAUCGCGAUGUUGCGGUGGAAGAGAUGAGCCGUCGGCCGGAGCAGUUCGACCAGCUACGCCUUGUACCUGGCCAGGCCUUGGACGGUGUUGAGCCGAUGCGGCGCCGGGAGCUCUUCAACGCGAUCUUGAGCGGCCCGCCGUACGAGAUGAGGUGGCUCACUGCCAUCGACAGCGCCUUGCGCGCGCAGGUGGUGACCCUGGUACUCGAUGAAGAGACGAGCGCGAAACAAGCCAUGGGGAAAGGUUCGAGCUCCGAAGAGUUCCACUGGGAGCAGGUUAUGGCCCUGCGAGGGCUUCUCGCCCAGGAAACGCUACUCCAUUGCUUGCAGGUGCGGCCGCGAAUAAACUACGGAGUGUCUCGCGUGGUUGGGGCCAGGAAGAGGCUGGCCGUUCCGUUUCGCGCUAGCAACACGCCGGCCGACCGCGGUGAGUUCAAGGAACCAAUGCUGGCAAUCACGUUGACGGUGCUGUCCUACUACUACGAUGGUCUUUCGGAGGCCGAGCUCUGCCAGGCGCUGACAACGUCGGUGGACGGGCAGGUGGCGGAAAGCGCGCAAGCCGACUACUACAAGGCUUGGCUAAUUGAAACGAGACCCAGCGAUGAGGACCUGGCGAAGAUGGACGACGUGCACAAGGUCGAUCUCACCAAUGAGCCUCAGAUGGAGCUGUUGUACCAACACUUCCGGUGCAACUUCGGGGUGGUCAACUUCUGGCUGGACUUCAAUGUUCUUCCUAACGAGACAAAAGCUCUGCCCGGCCUGCAUCGGCACCAACUCCUGCUUCCUCGCCGACAACCCAGACGGUGCGGUGUCAGGGUUGUCGCGCACGAACGACAACCACAGGCUUCUGCCGCUGCAGGGCGCUCUGUGGCACUCAGCGGAUCCCCCAUUCGAGCCUCCGAGGCGUUCGCGAUCUACGAUGAGGUCCGGUGCCGGGGAGCCGACCUGAAGCUGUCUCCCGAUGCCACGGCCCUCCUGACGAUCGGGCCCAACAAUGGCAAGGACAAGGAUGUGCUGGGGUACGUCAUGGCUAACACUGUGCUCGCAACGAAAUCUGGUUUACUGCCGUGGCCCGGUCAAGGCCUGCACUUCUCAGAAACGUUCAGGAGGGCCGACCGCGCCGAGCAGGAAGAGGUGAUGACCCUCGACGCCGCCUACGGAGGGGCAUACAGGCGGAUCUCAGUCCACAGCGCGGUAUCCGCGGCCGUGGGCAAACAAAACGCCCGUUUCCGAGGCGAUGUGCACAUGCCCGAGCUGGCGAAGGAGAUUGGGUCGAGUUUGGUACNCGACGUGCACAAGGUCGAUCUCACCAAUGAGCCUCAGAUGGAGCUGUUGUACCAACACUUCCGGUGCAACUUCGGGGUGGUCAACUUCUGGCUGGACUUCAAUGUUCUUCCUAACGAGACAAAAGCUCUGCCCGGCCUGCAUCGGCACCAACUCCUGCUUCCUCGCCGACAACCCAGACGGUGCGGUGUCAGGGUUGUCGCGCACGAACGACAACCACAGGCUUCUGCCGCUGCAGGGCGCUCUGUGGCACUCAGCGGAUCCCCCAUUCGAGCCUCCGAGGCGUUCGCGAUCUACGAUGAGGUCCGGUGCCGGGGAGCCGACCUGAAGCUGUCUCCCGAUGCCACGGCCCUCCUGACGAUCGGGCCCAACAAUGGCAAGGACAAGGAUGUGCUGGGGUACGUCAUGGCUAACACUGUGCUCGCAACGAAAUCUGGUUUACUGCCGUGGCCCGGUCAAGGCCUGCACUUCUCAGAAACGUUCAGGAGGGCCGACCGCGCCGAGCAGGAAGAGGUGAUGACCCUCGACGCCGCCUACGGAGGGGCAUACAGGCGGAUCUCAGUCCACAGCGCGGUAUCCGCGGCCGUGGGCAAACAAAACGCCCGUUUCCGAGGCGAUGUGCACAUGCCCGAGCUGGCGAAGGAGAUUGGGUCGAGGUCCGAGCGGUAUGGCAAGACCGUGUUGGUUUCCAGAGAUGAGGCGACCGGAGGCGAGUGCGAUCGGGAGAUGUGGGCGACUGGUGUCAAGUGCGACCUCGAGCAAGAGGAGGAGGAAGAAGUGGAGCGGCAGAUAGCAAGGGUGGAACCCCGCAAGGAAGUGGAUUGGGACUACGCUGCAGUCCUGUCAGGGCGGUGGCCGCCGACCCGGAUUGGCGAGGUUGAAAAUGUGAGGCCGCGACUGACAACGGAUUACUGUUCCCUCAAGGCAGUGCCUUUGGCCCGAGCUUGGAGCCGGCUAGCAAAGGAAGCCCAGAUCUCAUCCGUGGGCUCGUCGGCGAAAACGGUGUUCUGCACGCGGAACUUCUUGUUCAGGACUGCGAAGUUCUCGACAAUGUCGUCGAUUGACUACUUGCGCCCGGUGGAUUCGGCGCUAGUUUUCACGAACGGAAACAUGAUGGUGCUUUUGGAGCGUGAGACUAUGGGGGUGCUGCUGGCGCUUGCGACGUCUCGCGGGCAAGUUGACACAGCCAGGCCGACGGAGAAGCUGUUGCACCUCUCGGAGGAAUCCAUGAUCCUCGAGUUGGUCCAGCCGCGGUGCACUGACUGUUGGAAGUAUUUCUCCCCUACCCACAAGCUCGACGGUAUGGAGAGCAGGCUUGGGCGCGCGCUCGCCGCCGCCGUCCAGGGCGCCAUGGCCGUUCGCGAGGGGAAGUGCGCGGCAACCGUCGCCGCCGCCCGUGAGGACGUCCUCCGCCUGAAGGAGCAAGCUACUUACAACGCCGUUGCCGGGGAGGAAACGGACGGCGCUGCAGCCAAGGAGAAGGCGGCGGUAGCUGGGCUCACCCGCUCUAUCGCAGAGAAGCAGGAGAAGAUGAACGAGCGGGUGGCGAGGGUACAGCGAGAGAUGCAGGAGUGCUUCGCGGAGGGCAGGCCGGCGGCGGCGCCCUGCGGCGACGGGGCGGGUGCUGCGAUGGUGUCGCCGUCGUCCGUGGCCCACACGGCCAAGCUCAACAACGUCAAGAGCGACAUCGAUUAUCUCGGAUCUCGCCUCCUAAUCGUCGAGAACGCGGCUUACGAAGCGGAGGAAAUGCACCGGAUCUUGUACCGGGUCCACGAGAGCGUCGUGUAG